CUGCAUUGUGUAAAUUCAAUUCGAAAACGACGGCGAAAAAUAUUUCGAAGCAUUAGACAUUAUUUUAAAUUUAUAUUUCUUAAAAAUAAUUAAACAGUGGUUUGUUGUUGUCUAAAGUUAUUAGAUAGUAUAUAAAUCGACAAAAUGUAUGAGCUUAAAACACUUUUACCGGAGUAUGAUAUACAAUUGCCGACUUGCAUGUACCCAAUGAAAGUGCUCAACAAUUCGGUAGCUUCAGAAGUGAUAAAAGCUGACGCAUGCAGCGGUUUUUACAACAGCAAUGGUAAUCCUCUUGCCACGUCCGCUGUCAACUCUCUUGGACCGAAGAAAAAUGUGUGUGCGCUUGAUUUGGACAAUUUAAGUGCACAAAUCCAGAAUUUACUCAAGUCAUCUAAUGAUUUCGGUUCCGUAUGCGCACGACAAGAAAAAGUUUUAAAACAAUUACAAGACCUCAAACAACAAAUGGCCAAUAUUCGCGCUUCUCUUGGUCUCUGCCAAAAAGGACCUCAGCACACUGGGCAAACAAGUUUGCGGAAUGGAGGCUUACGUGAGGAACCUCUACAUGAUAUUGUUAUCAAUGGACACCCUAAUUUCAUACCAUAUGCCCUAUUAGCAUUGAAGAAUGCUUGGAAAGAUCUUUUCACCAUUGAUGUGAGAACCUUUAAACAUUCAACCAUGCCUGAUAUUGGAAAAGAUGCAAGUGAAUUCGAAAAGAAAUUGGCACAAGUGAAGAUAGACCCAUCAAAACCGAAAGUGAAAGUGUCACUUAUUUGGAAAAACUGCGAACAUACGGAAAUGAUCAGUUCACCCACUAUGUACGUUCCCAUUUAUGGAGAAGUUAAUAUUAUUCGGUAUUUGGGUCGUGUCGGACCAGAGGAAUACCGUUACGAAGAUUUACCCAACUGCAACGAAAUCGAUGCUGUGCUGGACAUAUGCUAUCAAUUGUUGCGAUGUAAUACUUCCAAAAACCGCGCCUCAAUGCUACGUGCACUUAAUCUUCGGCUAGGCAAACAAAAAUAUUUUGGUGGUGACAAAAUAACUAUUGCUGAUAUUGGUGUUCACAGCUCAUUGAAGCGUUUGCCGGCUAUAACCUCUAAAGACCUUACACCAACUUUGACUGAAUGGCAAAAACGCGUACAACUUGUUACACAGCUGUAAAAUAAGAUUGUAAUAAUUAAAUAUUCUUGUACUUGGUACAUUCUUAAUUAUAUACUCGUAUGUGUAGUAAAUGAA